CACUUCCUGAUUAUUGGAAAAAAUAAUUCUUCUGACACUACACAGCAAACAUAUUUUGAUCUGAAAAGCCGCUUAUACAAAAUACUGAGGAACAUUUUCUCAAGUACAUUAAAAAAGUUAAAGUUAGGUCCAGGCCUUUUAGUUUGUACUAGAAAAUACGUUUAGUUUCCUAUUUGGAUCAUUUGGGGCACAAAUACAAAUAAACAACACUACAGUAAUAUCUCACAUACAAAGUAAUAAUUACAUAUGACAACCUAGUCCUAAGAACUUUACAAGGAAUAUGUAAUAAAAUGCAAAUAUGAAAGUUAAUAAUAUAUGUGGACACUUCAGGCUGUCUUUUAAGUGCCAGUGACAUGUUAGACUACCAGUUCACAGAUACGACAUAUGUACAGGUACAUGAUGUUAACUAAGGCCAAAACUUGUCUUAAUUGCACAGUAGUUUUGAUUACUAUCCCACCAAACUAAGUCAUAAGUAAAAAUAAAUAAAUCAGGACUUUAGCAUUCAGUGGUCUGGUCAGGCCUGUCUUAGCACUAUGGACAGCACCACUCAGUACUGUGAACAGCACCACUCAGUUCUGUGAACAGCACCACUCAGUACUGUGAACAGCACCCGUCAGUACUGUGAACAGCACCACUCAGUUCCACAGACCAGCAGUACCCAAACAUUUUCCUCAUAAGUACCAAUAAUAAACAUAAAUCUUUUCUCAAGGAUUGGUGUAGGGGGGUGAAGCCAAUAAGAACAGUGCAAAAUGCAUAAAACUCUAAAGCAAUAGUUUUGUUGUUGUUGUUGUGAUCUAAAUGGUCCUGUUUGCUGUUUAUUAGGUUAAUUUGCACUUUUUUUCAGAGGACACGCAUAUAGAUAUGGUGACAGACUAUAAAAAAUAAGUACAAUUCCUUUUUAAAAAUAUAUACAGUUUUCCUGUGAGACCUGGUGGUCCGGUUCAGGGUUCCAGACCGGUGGUUAGGGCCUCCCUGGACUCUACCCCUCAGCAAGCACAACAGACAGUGCCCCUCAGGCCCCCUCAGCACCAAGGAUUUAAAAACACACAUUCAAAAUGAAAUAGAAUUUCAUUAAAAUGUGUGUGUGUUUAUUUUUAAAUUUAUUGUAUUAAUUGUUUUGUUUGAUUUCCUUUGAAAUGAAAUGAGUUGAAUGAUUGUUCGUUUUUUUUGACAAUCAAAUGGCCAUGGACCAAAUAUAAUCACUUGCAUUUUUAUGACUUCCUUUUGACAGUUAAAGGGCCUAUAUUACUCAAAUUUCUGAUGUUGUUUCUGGUGUGUAUGUUAUAAGGAAGUGCUCCACUGUGUUUUUAAACAUCUUCACCAGAAUCAUUUGGAUCAUAUUAGCCUUGGAAUUUCCAAUGUCUACUGAACUAACCUCUAGUGAUGUUUUUGAUGAGGAACAACAUUAUAACAUGACUAAAAGCUCACAAGCCAAUUUUGGGUAAUACAGGAACUUUAUCAGAAAAAACGAUCAUAUAUUUAUGAGUCUCUUAUUCUCCAGAUCUGGCAUCCAUGGUUCUCUGCUGAAGAAUGGAGGGGGUGUGACAUUGCCCUCUGCUGACCACUCCUAGUAUUACAGGAACCAUCUGUUAAGUGGAUAUCCUGAGCUCACAAUCCUCUCAAAGCAGGGCACGAGUCCCAUUCAGCAGCCAUGACCAUCCGCACCGCACGGCCCCAGCGUGACCAGCACUACCGGCCCCGCAUCCACUGCCUCAAGAAGAUGGAGGCCCUGAUGGUGGAGAUGCAGGAUCCCAAGAGUGGAGUGAAAGGUUCUGAGCAGAAACUGAACGUCACUAGCAUCCCAUACGUACUCACAGGGAAGGACAUUGUGGCUUGGAUUGUGAACAAGAUGAAAACCAGCACAGAAGAGGCACAUGUGGUGGGCACCAUGCUGGUGGCCUAUGGGUACAUCUAUCCCAUCCAGAACCACAAGAAGCUGGUCCUGUGCAAUGACACAAGCCUCUACCGCUUCCAGACUCCAUACUUCUGGCCCACACAGAAAUGGGUGGCAGAGGACUCUGAUUACGCCAUUUACCUGGCCAAGAGGAACAUCCGCAAGAAGGGCCUGCUGGAGCCAUAUGAGCAGGCUCACUACAACCACCUGCACAAAUGGCUCAACCACAAGUGGGACUUCAUUGUGAUGCAGGCCUCAGAGCAGCACAAGGCGGGAAAGGAGCGUAAGAAGGCUGACCGUGUGGUGCUGGACUGUCAGGAGCGAGCCUACUGGGUGGUCAACCGCCCUCCGAGACGCACUCACAGUGCUAUGGACACAGGGCCGGAGCGCCUCCUGGACCCCAGCGCAGAUGAGAAAAUCACCUUUGACCAGUACAGACGUAUGAACAUCUUCUACCAGCAGACCAUCAUGAGGUCCAGGGUCAAGUCCAGCGUGUCCCUGGGAGCACUGGUGAAAUAUGUGACCACCUACAAGAACCAUGACCCAUUCCUGGCCCCGUGCCUGCCCAGUAACCCCUGGCAAACGGACAACGACAGCUACUGGACACUCAACACGCGCAGUGUGGAGCUUCCCACUAAGAUGCGUGUGGAACGCUGGUCCUUCAGCCUGUACGAGCUGCUGGUGGACCUGAGAGGACGUGAUGACUUUAAGAUCUUCCUCAAGAAAGAGUUCAGUGGGGAGAACCUGGCCUUUUGGGAGGCAGCUGAGGAGCUCAAGUGGGGCACAGCUUCUUCCAUGUCGGCCAAGGCAGAGACCAUUUUCAAGACUUUCCUGGCCCCUGGCGCCCCUCGCUGGAUCAACAUUGAUGGGAGAACCAUGGGGCUGACAGUGAAGGGCCUGGACCAUCCACACCGCUACGUCCUGGAGGCAGCACAGACACAUGUGUUCCUGCUCAUGAAGAAGGACACGUUCUUCCGGUACCUCAAGUCUCCCACGUACAAGGACAUCCAGAAGAAAGCCCUGAGCCCAGAGGCACACAACUUCAGCCCAGCGCAGCUGGAGCAGAACGCCCAGAACCGAAACCCUGGAAUUCAUCCCAUAAUUCUCUGGCAGCAGGAGGAGGCGGACAAGGCCAAGGCCGCCGCUGCUGCUGCUCCCAUCGACGUCAAGGCCAUGAUGAGCAAAGUGGACCGCAAGAAGUAGAAGUGCGAGUGCCCGGAGCAGACACAGGGACAGGGGUAGCUGCAAUUUUUGUAGACCAUGAUUGUAAUUGUGUAAAGCACAUUGUAAUAAUAUUUUUGAAAUGUGAUAUGCAAGUUAUUGUUAAUUGUACUUAAUUAUAAUUUCCAAUUAAAUUAAACAUUGCAAAAACACAAUCUAAA